AUGCCCUGCAUAAACACUAUUUCUAACACGUUUAUAAGUGUUGUAGACCUUAACGUCCCCCUGGGCUCCUGCGACUGUUUAGUACGUUGCGGCUCCUGCAAUGGUUGGUGCCAUCUUCGCUGCAGUGGUCUCGCUAACUCUGACAAUUGGUCGCCCGCCUUCACCUGGCCCAGUUUUCCCGUGCCUCUACCUGUUCCUACACCUCCUGCCCUUCCUGUACUCAACAUAAAUACUCAAGUCUCCGACCUUGCCACACCGCCUGGUUUUAAGAUUCUACAGUUCAACGCCAACGGCCUACUCGGCAAGCUUGACCAGCUCCUCGCUUUCAUGCGUUCGCACAGCAUAGCUGUAGUGGAUAUCCAAGAAACAAUGUGGACUAACUCCACCAAGGUCCCUUCCUGUGCCGACUACACGAUCGUCCGUCGCGACCGCGGUCACAACAAAAGCGGAGGUUUUUUGGCCUUCCUGAUGGACAAACCGAUUUUCCAUCAUCAGCUGGCAAUUUCCCUCGACAAUGGCCCGGCGCCGCUAAUCAUCGUGAACGUCUACAUUCCUCCAACUUCCAGUUAUUCUCCCGGUUUCACCGCCUCUAUCGCUCCCUACUUACCUUCUGGAGACAAUUUGGUGCCGGGUGACUUCAACGCCCACCACGACAUGUAG